GCCGUUGCUGCUGUGCGCGUUCCGGGGCCCCCGGGCACCACGAGCUGCGCUGAACGACGACCCCGCGACAAUUCUCCCCUCGUCAUCAUCGUCGUCGUCGUCAUCGUCAGCGAUGUGAAUGCAGCAAGAGCAGCAGCAGAAGGAGAAAUCCCUGCAACUGUCACCGGCUCCAAGGGCUCUUGAGCCGUGACAACACACGGGGUAGGGUGGCUGGAGCCCCACGAGCCAUGGCGAGUGGGUUGGAAGUGCCUGGACAUUUGUACGGGGGGGAAGAGGAGGAGGAUGAAGAGAAGAAGGAGGGGUCAGACAGGCAGGACGCUGUGGGAAGGACUCGCCCCAGCCCAAGGGGUGGCAGCGAACAAACGAGCAGCACCAGCGACACCUUCGCGUCGAAUGCCAGUGGCCUGUCCCUGGGCGAGACCAUUGCACGCAGCGCCUGCCAGCGCUCCGAUGUUUGGUUCCCACUGGAGAUGGAAGCCGACACGAGCAACGGAGAGGAGAAGACUAUUGCAGAGAGAGACAGCUUCUUGACCAGUGGCCAAGCCGUGGCCAUGAGCCAGGGCUCCUGGCCUGCUCAUCCAGUGAGCAGUGCUCAACUCGAGGAGCAGGACAGUCUUCUGUCGCCAGUGCUGCCUCUGCUGGUGACGGCGCUGGAUGGGGACGGUGCUGUCGGUUCCGCCCUGGUGCAGCGCUCGGUGCAGCAGCGGCAUUCCGAGUUGGAGUUUACUUGCCUGCGGGAGAGCAUUGCAAGCACAGACUUCACUUUCGAAGGCUACUCAACCAAUCGUGAAGUGGAGAAAAUGUCACUGAGUGAUUCCUCGAGCGUGGAGGCAGUCAAAGAGUUGCGUUUCCCGGAGAGUGCCAGACUCACCACGUCCCAGCACCCGUCAGCUGUAUCGCAGUGUCGCCCAUCUGCCCAUGAGCUCCAAGCUAGCUGGAGUGCGUACGGUGAAGCAGACAGCUCGGUCUUCUGUUCCCUAACACAGCACGCCAUCUCACCUGGCACUGACAGUACGGAGUGGAGCCCCAGAGGUCACCUCUCAGAGCAUACCAAGCUGCCAGGGUCGUGCUCCAGUAUGCACGCCGAGUUAUCCCUGUCCCAACAUCCCAUCGCGGGCGCGAGCUUCGAUGGCCGCCAGCCGGAGGAGGACACAGAGCGUCUCCCUGGGCUGCCAGAGGAGCCAUCUCAGGAGAGCGAGUGGCGGGAGGAAGAGUCGCCGUCAUCGUCGCGUGGCAUUGCGGGUCCGUCACGAGCUCCGAUGGACGAUAAACCCAGCAGCUCGGCACACGAAGAGUCACGCGGUGGCGUGCAAAAUGAAGCGGGCAUGCAGAGGGAGCGGUACUUGCAGGCAACAAGGUUUGCGUACCUGGGUCAGGAAGAACCUCCAGCUGAUGACGCCUUACUUGCACCAUCCUGUGUUGGCGCUGAACUGUCAAAAGCUGGAGUGGAUGACACUGGCUGCCGGUUUGCCAGCACCCAGGUCGGAUCCACCAGCGAAGCCGGAUCCCUCACGCGGAACGUCAUCGGGGGUAACGCAGACAACGAUACGGACUCCCCCAGUUUAAUAGGCACCAUGGAUCCGGAGUUGCUGACUGAGGAAGAUAAAAGGCAGAUAUCUGCCAUAAAACAUCUCGUCUUGCGAGGUGCGAGCGUGCCGAUGCAGGGCUAUGUUCCCGAGGGAAACAGUGAGUCAUUCCCACAGGUGAACUCAUCCGAUUGUGACACCAACAGGCACUGGGGCCAGAUUUACGAUCGUAGCUUGCGCUAUAAGACAAUGGCUUUAGCUGCCAGCUUUUCGAGGACCACCUGUGUCACCGACUCUUGGUUGGAGGGGUCGUUGCUGAUCGCCAGCAGUGACCCCAACGAGAGCCACCGUGAAGAGCGCUCGGAGCGAAGUGUGCCGAGCGGGGCAGAACCUGAUGACGCAAACAUCGACGGUGCAGAUGCGGGAGCCGUCGAGGCCUCUGGCAACAAUCGCUCGUCCCCACUGGCACGCGGCUCCUUCUCCCUGGCCCUGUCGACUGUGGGGGCUUUCUCAUUGGGCCAGCUCGGUGACAUCUCUGCGGAGCAGGAUGUGGAUGCUUUGGUCUCCGCACGUUCCUGCGGUCCAAGCCAGACUGGGAAUCAAACCCCGGCUCUGUCAACGGCACGAUCGCAAGCCAGCCUCGAGGUGGACAACUACACGCCACCGUGGACCAGCACUGGCUACGGCACAGGCAACCAGGAGUUCGACAUAGAGCAGCGCAUCCCUGUUUACUUACGGAACCUGGGCAUCGAGCAGCCGCCGUCCAUGACGGGAAUGCCGGACGGCCGGGGCCCUCUGUGUGAGCGUGACUACUCCCCCUCGGAGCUCACCACCGUCAAGGACUUUGGGCUCAGCUCGGCAUCUGACGGAGUGGCGUCUAACGGUGCUGAUGGGUCACUGGGCAGAGGCUCUGGCUACAGCCUACGCUCAGAACUUGGCCAAAGCACUUCCCUCGUCUUGGAUUCCGACUCCUCCCUCCGCCUGUCGUCCUCUCUCACAAGGUCUCAGGCCAGAGCCACCAAUGAAGACUCUGAAGCAGCUCCUGGGGAGUCACCGGAAGGGUCUGGAAAGAGCCGCUCCUAUCUCUUGUUACUGGAUGACGUAGCUAAGGGACACUCGCAGCAAGAGGUCAAGCAGUCUGUGAGAGUGAGGGCUCCUGCGUGUUCUGAACGUGAAGCGGACACUGUGCUGAGCAUGGAGGAUCUGGACAACCGAAGGGGCGACCUAAGCAGCACGCCUUCGAGGCUACAGGACCGCGUGUGUGAAUUUGGGAGCAUUGGCCUAGCUGGUUACUCUGGCCCAGCCAAGAGUUCGGAAUUUGAAAAGCCCUCCUACCGUGCUCACGCUGGAUAUUUUUCUGAAGACAAGGGCAGUGAUGCUCAGGGGGAAACCUGGCCUGGCAGCCAGUCCACGGAGCCAGCGGAGAGCCAAGUGAGUGAUUCGAUGAUUGGAACGAAGACUGUGCUGGGAAUUCAGAAACUAUUACGGGACGCGGGGACUUAUGAUCACAGCACCUUCGACGCUUCGUGUGCAAGCAAUGAACAAGACAUUCUAAAAUCACUGCGCACAGAUGGCAGGACAGGGCCAAGCAACAGCCAUGAGCUUCAGCCCGAGGUUGACCGUGCAGUAAUUUUAGAUGGAAAAGCUGAGUUUGACAAAACCAGCACAUUUAGAGGUAAGAUUCCCCCGACGGAGCAACAUUACCAAUCGUCUUUCUUUCCAAUUGGCCAGGAUGAUCAUGGCAGCGUAGAGCAUCCCAGACCGGGUGUAGCAAAGGGGGCAGCUAAAGCUCGCGACGUGUCAAGUCCAUUCGUACAGCCCAAAUUAGAUCUUCAUUCUGCUGGGAAGAGUGAGCAGGACGUCGAGCGUCAAACCAUACCAGGCUCGGCCAGACACGAGCCCGAAGGCUGCAGUGGAGCCACCACCGGCAUCACCCCUCGGCCGCAGAGGGCACCGUCGAAUCCCUCGCACGAUGACAAGAGCAGCUCGUCUGGCAGGUCCUCCCGUGCUGACGUGGAACCACAGGCGCGGCCUCUGCAGAGCGGGACGGACGCCCCGAGGUCCGGCUACGGCAACGAGGGCGGGGACGAUGACGACGUGAUGGCGAGGGUGCGCGCAAUCCUGCGGGGCGCGACGGAGCAUGCUGGUCCACAGGAAGACUCGGACGGGAGCGUUGACGCCGGCACUACUGAGAGGCGCAGGCAAGGUGCGGGCGGCCUGCCGAGGAGUGCAAGUCCCUCAGUGGGAACGGCACCGCCACCGUCACAGUUUCAUGAGCACACCGGCCUGCCUUCGCGUCAGGGCAGGGCUACUGUAGGGGAUAUGAGUGUAGGCUUCGGGCAGCCACUACCUCCACCACCAUCACAGAUCCAUGCAGACAUCGCGCCAGGGAGGCUCCGGAGUGAGGCUGACGCAGUGAGCAUGGAGUCAGUGGUGCAGAGACUGGCAGUGCUUUUGAGCGACAAUUCACCUGAAAAUUUGUCUGAGGGCAUCUACAGGAGAGCGGAUGAGGAGGAGCAAAGAGCAAGAGAGCUGCCGACGAAGUUGAAGCUGGAGAGAGACGGUGCCGACCCCGCCUGGAGGAGCUCGCGUGGAGAGCCCACGUCCAUGCAGAGAGGGGACCUGAGGUCCCCCUUCACGACGGGACACGGCCAGCACGAGCAGAGUGAGACAGACUCGGAGUCAGAGAGCGUUACCCUCACCCGGGUUUCUCACAUCCUGUCCGAGGCGUCCGGAUCCCAGCGCUUGGCGUCUCUGGAUCUCAGCGUUAUCGAGCCGGAACCGUUGAACGUCUUGCAGCGAGCUCGCCUCCGCAUCGCGAGCCAACUCCAGCGUCUGUCAGACGAGCCUUUCGACUCGAGUGUGGGGUUGGCGAGAGUUGCACCCGGGCAGCAGCAGCAGCAGCAGCCGACCCUGCCAGACCCUCCCCGCCAACCCGUGCCUGGAGAGCAGCUUCCUUCCCAGCAAUGGUCUCAGUCGAGGGUCUCUGAUCACACGGGCGUGAGGGGUGGCAUAUCUGGAGAGCAGCCUCUCCUCGAGGAACAGAGUGAGAAGAGUGCUGCAGGACGCCGGGCAGACCAGAGCCGUCGGGGCAGUUGCAGGCUCCCGGAUCGGCUGCCUGAAGAUCGGAGCAGGGCCUCGGAGAGGUCCGUCGGGUUGACGGAUGGGGAGCGAAGCGCUUCGUACGAGGACUGGGUGACGGACCGCUGCUUCAGGGCUGCCACUCUGGGCAGCGUGCCCCGACCUUCACCGUGGAACCAAUGAGAUUUCGGAUUCUGGACAUUCGAAUGACAAGGUGUUUAGAGCGGAGCUAAUAGACGUGAUGGGAAUGGCUGGCGAGAAGACACCACCUGAAGGGCAUGAAUAUAGGAGGCCCAUCUCAUCCAUCACCUUCACAUCUAGGAAGCGCGGAGAUUCGUCGCCUUCCACCCGCAGUCCGUCUCCGUCUACGGUGAUCGCUGCCCAGACGCAGGUCUCCGCGGUGUCUCCAGAAAACCAGCCGUCGUCACGGGCAUCACUCGUUCACACCCCCGUGCAUUAUGAACAACCGGCAGGAUUGCGAGCGGAGCCCGGAGUUGAAUAUUUGAUGGUUGCCAAUACUCCCCCAUCGAAAGAUUUGCAAAUUCCUGUUCCACUGAGUGGUGAGGACAAGUCGGGUUAUUCAGAUCAUGGCCCCUCUCGCUUAUCUGCCCGCUCAGCCCUCACUCACAUGCACAUUAAACUGUCGCCAGCCAAGGUUGGGCACUCAUUGCCACCCACAUCGACACCAUCAGUCUUCUCUUCCGGCCUCCUCCACCGCCAUUGUCACCGGCAAAAACAACGACAAUGGCAGUGAUAGUCAUCUCGGUGGAGUGAUAGCGCAAGGUGCACGGGGGCGUGCGAGUCCGUCAGGGUUCCGAGGCUCCGAGGCUCAAACACUCCAAUUGAGGGCGACUGCAGGGCAGGAAGACACUCGUUCCCAUCAGCACGCCUGCCCGGCAAUGCAGCCCUCCUACAGCACUCACGAAGGCUCGCAUCCCCCGGUGACGCAUGGACAAGGCAAUCCCCUCAGCUUUUCCUUCACCUUCGUGUCUUCAGCAUCUGCACAGGGCACGGCCGACCAGCCGCUGGUGUGCCCGUACCGGCCAGCCGGCAGCUCGGAGCUUUUCUACAUCCCGGCUGUUGUUGGCAACACUGGGAAGAGUUCACCAUGCAGCUCGCACAGCACGGCAGAGAGCUCGCACCCCG